UUUCGGAGCUCCGAACUGGCUGGUUCGAUCAUAAAACAAGAGGACUCAUACUUGGAGCUGUUAGUUUUGAAUUUUAAAAACAGCAACAGGAUGGGCUGUACUUCCGGUUGCGUUAAGUGUUUCCUUAACACUCUGAACACUUUGAAUGCGCUGUUGGGUCUGUCCCUGAUAGCAAUUGCGACGUUGGCCCUUUCCAAAGCCCCUCUGGCGUACAUUCUGUUCCUAUAUGGACUCGGUGGCAUUAUCUUGGUUUCGGCUGUUCUGGGAUGCUGUGGCAUCUGCAUGGAGAACGUGUGUAUGACCGCAACGUACGGCUUCCUGCUGUUGGCUCAGCUAAUAAUCAGCUUGCUGGGCAUCUUCCGCUUCAAGUUCACUGAGGAGUACAUAGAGAAGUUCGCCGCCGAGGAGGUUCAGAUGAAAUGGGACCAGGAGCUGGUGGAACCCGGCGCCAUGGACAUUUACCAGGCAGUGUAUGAGUGUUGUGGGCGUGACAGCCCCGACGACUACGUGGCUAUCGGUCGUCAAACCUUGCCGCCCAGCUGCUAUCCCCAGGAGGAUUCCCAGAUGCCCCACUAUCUAGCUGGAUGUGUCCAAAAGUCCAGCGAGAACUUUGUGGUGCUCUUCAGCUACGCCCACGACACGAACUGGAUCGCAGUGGGAAUAACAAUUCUUAUGAUGAUUGCCGCCUUUUACUUGGUCGGAAGAUUCCGAAAGCAGCGCGUUCGCUACAGCUACUAAGUACUUAUUUUUUAACUUUCUGGAUCUGGAUGUACUCGUAUUUUAGAACGCCAGUAUACCGUUGCAGUAAUCAUGUAUAGACUUUUCGAUGCUCGCCGGAGAAAUAAAAGUGUAUACCCGAUGAAUCGAAUAUUUUCAAAUA